AAAUCCGCUCAGCUUCUGCAAUGGGGCCUGCCUGACACUUGGGCGCUCCUUCAGUCUCGAUGUUGAUGGCAGGACAAAGGGGCGCCUGGACCAUGGGUGACGUGGUUGAGAAGAGUUUGGAAGGGCCUCUGGCACCUUCUACAGAUGAGCCCUCCCAGAAAAGAGGAGACUUGGUGGAGAUCCUAAACGGGGAAAAGGUCAAAUUUGACGACGCGGGACUCUCCUUAAUUCUUCAGAAUGGCCUGGAGACCCUGCGAAUGGAAAACGCUCUGACAGAUGUCAUCUUGUGUGUGGACAUUCAGGAAUUCUCCUGCCACCGCGUGGUACUUGCCGCGGCCAGCAACUAUUUCAGGGCCAUGUUCUGCAAUGAUUUAAAGGAAAAGUAUGAGAAAAGGAUCAUUAUUAAAGGCGUUGAUGCUGAGACCAUGCACACUCUCCUGGACUACACGUACACCAGCAAGGCGCUGAUCACCAAGCAGAACGUCCAGCGGGUCCUGGAGGCUGCUAACCUCUUCCAGUUCCUGCGGAUGGUGGAUGCCUGUGCCAGCUUCCUCACUGAAGCCUUGAACCCAGAAAACUGCGUUGGAAUACUGAGGCUGGCCGACACACACUCGCUGGACAGUCUAAAGAAGCAGGUUCAGAGUUACAUCAUUCAAAACUUUGUGCAGAUUCUGAACUCUGAGGAGUUCCUUGACCUGCCUGUGGACACUCUUCACCACAUCUUGAAGAGUGAUGACCUUUACGUGACCGAGGAAGCUCAGGUGUUUGAGACCGUGAUGAGCUGGGUCCGGCACAAGCCAUCAGAACGACUCUGCUUACUCCCCUAUGUCCUCGAGAACGUGCGCUUACCGCUUCUGGACCCGUGGUACUUUGUGGAGACGGUGGAAGCAGAUCCUCUCAUCAGGCAGUGCCCAGAGGUCUUCCCGCUGCUCCAGGAAGCCAGGAUGUACCACCUUUCUGGUAAUGAGAUCAUUUCGGAGCGCACCAAGCCCAGGAUGCAUGAGUUCCAGUCUGAGGUGUUCAUGAUCAUCGGUGGCUGCACGAAGGAUGAACGGUUUGUGGCAGAGGUGACCUGCCUGGACCCCCUGAGGCGCAGCCGCCUGGAGGUGGCCAAGCUCCCGCUAACGGAGCAUGAGCUGGAGAGUGAGAAUAAGAAGUGGGUGGAGUUUGCAUGCGUGACAUUGAAAAAUGAGGUCUACAUCUCAGGUGGCAAAGAAACACAGCAUGAUGUUUGGAAAUAUAAUUCUUCGAUCAACAAGUGGAUUCAGAUUGAGUAUUUAAACAUAGGCCGCUGGAGGCAUAAGAUGGUGGUGUUGGGUGGCAAGGUUUAUGUUAUUGGAGGCUUCGACGGCUUACAGAGAAUCAACAACGUGGAGACCUACGACCCCUUUCACAACUGCUGGUCAGAGGCUGCACCCCUCCUUGUCCAUGUCAGUUCCUUUGCAGCCACCAGCCAUAAGAAGAAGCUCUAUGUGAUUGGAGGAGGGCCCAAUGGGAAACUGGCCACAGACAAGACUCAGUGUUAUGACCCUUCCACCAACAAGUGGAGUUUGAAGGCGGCCAUGCCGGUGGAGGCCAAAUGCAUCAAUGCAGUGAGUUUCCGGGACCGCAUCUAUGUCGUUGGUGGGGCCAUGAGGGCGCUGUACGCCUACAGCCCCCUGGAAGACAGCUGGUGCCUGGUGACCCAGCUCAGCCACGAGCGGGCCAGCUGCGGUAUCGCGCCCUGCAACAACCGGCUCUACAUCACCGGCGGGCGGGACGAGAAGAACGAGGUUAUCGCCACGGUGCUGUGCUGGGACCCGGAGGCCCAGAAACUGACAGAGGAGUGCGUCCUGCCCCGGGGCGUGUCACACCACGGCAGUGUCACCAUCAGGAAGUCGUACACCCACAUCCGCAGGAUCGUGCCUGGAGCAGUGUCUGUCUGACGGCAGGAUGGGGAGCUGGAGAGCCCCCCAGAUCCUCAGUGUGCCCGCCUCACCUCUCACUCUCCUCCAGCCCCACUUCAGGCCGCAGGCUCGAGUUUGAGGCCAUGCAUCAGGGGAUCCCCUUGACUCACUUUGGGAGAACCUUGGAAGUCACAGUUUGGGGUCACUUGAGACUGGCCAGAAAUGUUUGCAUGACCUACCUCAGGAGGGGAGGUGAGGAAGAGUAAUAUUUAGCAUUCAGGACCCACCCACCGUAUGCCAGCUUCUGUGCCAGGCACUUCCUUGUAUGGGUUCAUUUAACCUGGUGAGUGGCUCUUAUCACUUCUAGUUUACAGGUGAGGGAACAGAGUUUCACAGAGGCUAAGUGGCAUGCCCCUGAUUACUCAGAUAGCAAGUAGCUACCCCAGGAGUCUAAAACCCAGGUCUUUCAGCUCCAAAGUCAAUGCUCUUUCCACCACACUGCCUAUCUCAGGCAGGAAAAACAAACAAAAAACCAAAAACAAAACCUGGCUCAUGCGGUGGCUCACGCCUGUAAUCCCACACUAUGGGAGGCCAAGGCGG